AUGGCUUCGAUUUUGUUGAAAAAUUGCAGCGAAGUUGUUUAUUCAAAGGACGGAAAAGAGAAAGUCGGUGAAGCACUUGGAGUCGUUGAAGUCCUCCAUGAUGUUGAUGUCUUGAUCGUUGAUGGGAAAUUCAAGCAAGUGGGAAAAGAUCUUGACGUCCCAUUUGAAGGGGUAGAGAUAUUGGACUGCGCUGGAAAAGCUGUGAUUCCCGGUUUCGUUGACGGUCACACUCAUCCUGUUUUCGACGGAGAUCGAGCUAAUGAGUUUUCGAUGAAACUAGCUGGCGCGAGCUACAUGGAAAUUCACGAAAAAGGCGGCGGAAUUCACUAUACCGUCGAUCAAACACGAAAUUGCCCGGAAGAAAAGCUGACAGAACUGUGCCUUCGUCGAUUAGACCAAAUGCUCUCUCACGGGACGAUCGUUGCGGAAGCAAAAUCCGGAUAUGGCCUUGACUGCGAGACGGAAAUGAAGAUGCUAAGAGUGAUCAAGAAGGCGAAAGAAACUCAUCCUGUCAAAAUCCAAAGUACAUAUCUAUGCGCGCAUGCGGUGCCACCAGGGCGGGACCCAGCCGAAAUGACGAAAGAAAUCGUGGAAGAGCACAUCCCCACGGUCGCCAAAGCUGGCCUCGGCGUCGACAACAUUGAUGUCUUUUGCGAAAAAGGGGUUUAUGACGCGGAGCAGUCGAGGAAAAUGCUUGAAGCCGGAAUGGAACGAGGCUGGCACGUGAAUUUCCACGCGGAAGAGCUCAACUACAUUCAGGGCGGAGAGAUGGGAUGUGAGCUGAAUGCUCGCGCAAUGAGCCACCUUGAGCUUCUAUCUAGCUCUGCUAUCAAGUCAAUGUCUCAAAAACGCAUUGCUGGGGUGAUUUUGCCCACGACUGCGUAUAUCCUGAAACUUAUUCCACCCCCGGUGCGAGAAAUGAUUCGAGAAAACGUCAUUGUAGCACUUGGCUCCGAUUUCAACCCGAAUGCUCCUUGUUUCUCGAUGCCCUUGGUGAUGCAUUUGGCCUGUAUAAUUUGCAAGAUGAAUAUGGAGGAAGCUUUCAACGCUGCUACGAUCAAUGCUGCUUACUCUCUCGGACUUACUGACUCUUAUGGAAGCAUCACUGAAGGAAAAGUCGGUAGCUGCUUGGUUCUCGAUGCUCCUUCCUGGAAACAUAUCGUAUAUCAACUAGGAAAUCAUCAAAAUCUGAUGAAAAAUAUAAUCAUCAACGGGAGAAUUCACAGCUAA